AGCCGGGGGGAGGGGCGCCGGGACGCCAUUUUCCGCGGCGGGGCUGGAGCCGGCGGGUCUUGGGGCGGCGGCCGUGAGGGAGCCGCGGGGACAGCGCGCGCGGGCGGCCGAGGAUGCUGCGGGGCGGUCGCGCCGGCGCUCCUCGCUCGUGAUAGCGGCGCUGCGCCCGAGGCGGCCGAGGCGGCGGGUCCCGUGCUGUCCCGCGACGCGCACGCGCCCGCGGCCUCCGGAGCUGACAGCGCCAGCGCGCGGCCCGCGGGAGCAGCACGGAUGCACGACAACAUGUCCACCAUGGUGUGCGCGAAGGAGGACAGGCUGGAGAAGCUGACGCAGGACGAGAUCAUUUCCAAGACGAAGCAGGUGAUCCAGGGGCUGGAGGCCCUGAAGAACGAGCACAACUCCAUCCUGCAAAGUCUGCUCGAGACGCUGAAGUGUCUGAAGAAGGAUGAGGAGAGCAACCUGGUGGAGGAGAAGUCGAGCAUGAUCCGCAAGUCCCUGGAGAUGCUGGAGCUCGGCCUGAGCGAGGCGCAGGUCAUGAUGGCCCUGUCCAACCACCUGAACGCCGUGGAGUCGGAGAAGCAGAAGCUGCGGGCGCAGGUGCGCCGCCUGUGCCAGGAGAACCAGUGGCUGCGGGACGAGCUGGCGGGCACGCAGCAGAAGCUGCAGCGCAGCGAGCAGGCCGUGGCCCAGCUGGAGGAGGAGAAGAAGCACCUGGAGUUCAUGAACCAGCUGAAGAAGUACGACGACGACAUCUCUCCGUCCGAGGACAAAGACACCGACUCCACCAAAGAGCCCCUGGAUGACCUGUUCCCCAACGAUGACGACGACCCCGGCCAAGGAAUCCAGCAGCAGCACAGCAGCGCCGCGGCCGCCGCCCAGCAGGGGGGCUACGAGAUCCCCGCGCGGCUGCGCACCCUGCACAACCUGGUCAUCCAGUACGCCUCGCAGGGCCGCUACGAGGUGGCCGUGCCGCUCUGCAAGCAGGCCCUGGAGGACCUGGAGAAGACCUCGGGCCACGACCACCCGGACGUGGCCACCAUGCUCAACAUCCUGGCGCUGGUGUACAGGGACCAGAACAAGUACAAGGACGCGGCGAACCUGCUGAACGACGCCCUGGCCAUCCGCGAGAAGACCCUGGGCAAGGACCACCCUGCGGUGGCGGCCACCCUGAACAACCUCGCGGUGCUCUACGGCAAGCGGGGCAAGUACAAGGAGGCCGAGCCGCUGUGUAAGCGGGCCCUGGAGAUCCGGGAGAAGGUUCUGGGGAAGGACCACCCCGACGUGGCCAAGCAGCUGAACAACCUGGCGCUGCUGUGCCAGAACCAGGGCAAGUACGAGGAGGUGGAGUACUACUACCAGAGGGCCCUGGAGAUCUACCAGACCAAGCUGGGCCCCGACGACCCCAACGUGGCCAAGACGAAGAACAACCUGGCCUCCUGCUACCUGAAGCAAGGGAAGUUCAAGCAGGCGGAGACGCUGUACAAGGAGAUCCUCACCCGUGCGCACGAGCGGGAGUUCGGGUCUGUCGACGACGAGAACAAGCCCAUCUGGAUGCACGCGGAGGAGAGGGAGGAGUGCAAAGGGAAGCAGAAGGACGGGCCGUCGUUCGGGGAGUACGGUGGCUGGUACAAAGCCUGCAAGGUCGACAGCCCCACGGUCACCACCACUCUGAAGAACCUCGGGGCGCUGUACCGGCGCCAGGGCAAGUUCGAGGCCGCGGAGACGCUGGAGGAAGCGGCCAUGCGGUCCCGUAAACAGGGCCUGGACACGGCGCACAAGCAGAGAGUGGCCGAGGUGCUGGGCGACCCCGAGAGCGCGGAGAAGCGCCGGAGCCGGGAGAGCCUGACCGCAGACUCGGUCAAGUACGAGAGCGGCCCUGACGGAGGGGAGGAAGUGAGUAUGGGCGUAGAGUGGAGCGGGGACGGCACCGGGGCUCUGCGGCGCAGCGGCUCCUUCAGCAAACUCCGGGCCUCCAUCCGGCGCAGCAGCGAGAAGCUGGUGAGGAAGCUGAAGGGCGGAAGCUCCCGCGAGGCCGAGUGCAAGGACCCCGGCAUGAAGCGUGCCAGCUCCCUGAACGUCCUAAACGAGGGCGGCAAGGCAGCCGGAGACCGUUUCCAAGAGCGGAAUAGCCGUCUGGCGGACUCGCGAGCUGUGAGCGCCAGCCACACGGACCUGGCCCGCUGCGGGCCGAGGCCCAGCUAGACGGCCCCGGGGCCUCGGCCCGGCCCCCGCCCGCGUGCCCCAAGGGGAGCCACCCUGCACCGCCAGAGGCCUGCCCGGUCCUCGGGACCGAGCGCUGCCAGCACACGACUGGGAGACCCACCGGGCGCGGGGCGCGGGGCGCACACGGGGCUUGGCGGCGGCUUCAGCUCGGACUCGGCGCUGCUCCCAGGCCUGAGCGCGCUCUGCAGGACUCCGGAGUCCGGCUCAAGCCCAGCCUAACGCGGUGCUCGGCGGGCUGCAGGCAGGACCCUGGGGCCGUGAACCCUGCCCUCGGACAGCGGGCUCCCGACGGCCCGGGGCAGUGACGCCGGAGCGCGGGGGGAGGGGCGGCAGGGAGCAGGCCCUCCGGCACCGGCUCCUGCUCACGAGUGGGGCCCCACGUCCACCCCGCACCCCUGUCCGCACGCCACGCCUGCAGGGGCACGCCCUUCGUUUCCGAAAGCUCUUCCUGUCGGGCGGUCUGAGCAGCACAGGGCAGAGGGAGUGCUAACCAAGGGACACAGCGAUUGGUGCCCAGUGACGUCUGGGGGUGUGCACGGUGGCGCCUCCCGCCUGCAGCGUGGGGGGCCACUCUUCAGACUCGAGGCUCUGAAACGCGGGCGUCCUUGGACGGGCCGCCAGCAGCAGUGCAUUUGUUUUGGGGCGAGGACACGGUGGUGGCAGCUCACAGCGGGGGUCAGGGCACUCCCUGAGGUCCACUCCGAGGUGCCCCGGAGCCCGAGGGGGGACCUGGGGGUUUGCCGCAGCGAGGCUGAGCCCGAGACUUCCUCUCCGAGUCUCUCCAGCCUGAGGGUGUCCCUGUGUGUGGGUUGCUCCUGGAUGACGGCACCUCGUUCCCUGGGGGACCGGCCUCAGCUCGCGGCCCCUGCAGCCCCCUCCCCGGCCACACUGCUGUUUGGCUCCUGGCCCCAGUUGGGGUCGGCAGGUUUGGGUGGGUGAGGACUGGCUGUCCAGAUGACAGCAGAGCCCCGUGGGCUGUGGGACACCCCGGUCAGAGGCUGAAGACGAUGCUGGCUCAGCGCUUCUCACACCCCCACUGCCCUGGGGGCCACCAACCGCCUCGGGGAGGGGUUCCGAGCAGAACCAGACUCGCGGGAGGUGGGGCUGGCAGCCUGGAUCGUGCGGGACCCUUCCCAGGUCCCGGGGGUCGUGGCGCCUUUGCAGGUCGUGCCGAGUGUCCGGGAGGAGAGGCGAGGGGGUCUGAGGCCAGCAGAGACAGCUUCCGUGUUCGGGGGCUGCACGGGUGUCGGCGGUUUCUGGGUUUGGAAUUGGUCUGGAGACAGAGGGGCCCGUCUCUCUGCCCCCGCUUGGGGCCUUCCCCAGCUGCUGAGGGGGCCCCGUGGGCGCCAGUCUGCUGGUCCGAGUCCCUGGAGGGACGCCCGGCAGUGGAGGGUCUACCCUCGCCAAGGCGGGGGCCAGCCCGGGCGGCGGCCCCCCAGCCUGUGGUCCUUGCAGCCCUGGAGGGAGCGGAUGGUUGUUUUCGGGAAUCGAGGGGCUGCCGGGAGCACCACGUGACCGGACGCAGUGCGCACAGUGCAGCGUCACGCCGCGGCGGACGCAUGGGCCAGAGCGGCGCUCGCGGGCAGCAGUGCUCGCGGGCAGCACCCCCCUGGCCGCCUCGCGAGGGGUCGCGUUCACACCUCAGAGCAGGGUCCCGUGGGCCCGGCGGGGCGGGCAGGGGGCGUGAGGACGGCCAGCCCCGGUGGCCGGGGCUGGGGUCGGGCCAUCGGGUGAAUGUCUGUGGUCUCGCAGCUGCAGUUGUUACUGUGUUCGCUCGGUCAGGAAACCCUUUGGAAUGUUAAUAUUUAAUGACAAAAAUAAAGUGCCCUGCUUCCCGUC